UCCAUAAAAACAACAAUGGAACAUUCCUCUUCCAGUUUUCUGGUGUUUGAAAAUGAAUGGUUUCUUGUCUUGCUCAGUUAAGACUUUUGCGUAAAUAGUAUAACACCAUACAAAGAGUAAGGAAACUCUUUGCCUUGGGGCUUGGUUGCAGUCCGGCUGUUCCGCACUUGUUUGCGGCCAGCAUGCGUUUGCUUGAAUCUGAUUGAUUGAAUAAUUUCUCUUUGUGAUUAAUUAGAAACAUUUCGGAAAAUUCUUGUUACGGGCAGGGGACAGGAGAAGUAUCGCAGCUAUCACAUGGACAAGUUUGAAAUCAUGAAUCACGAUAUCGGGAAAGUGGCAGCUGAAAAGGCGUUCCUCGGGAACAUGGAAGAGCGAGGCCCGCAGACGGACCGACAGAUUGAUGAUCGAAAGACAGGUUUGUCAGGAUCGCUCUUUCCGGGCACUUCGUCGACUUACUUCCCUUUAGAUGCCCCUGACGACGUGCAUGCACCAAGUUCAAAGUCGGAACCAGAAUUGACCAAAGCCCAGAAAGUCGCGGCGGCAUACUUUCCCAUCGGUGCACCUGCUGCGGAGCGAAAAGCUCGACUUUCUAUGAAGCCGUCCUCGGAGCCUUUUAAAGGCUUAUCAAAAACUGGCGGUCCUGUUGAAGAUGGAUGGAAGGAGUCUGGCGAGCCUAGUCACGAAGGAAUGAAACAGCAUAUUAACAUGGACAGCAUUAAUGCUGGGGGUGAAAAUUUCCCGAAACCAAUUAAUCCUUUUGCUAUUCCUGGCGUAUUUCCUCCUAAUGCAUUUGGACAAGGUUUUCCGAUGAUGGUAAAUCCGUAUCCGGACGCGGUAAAAUGGUUGCAAAUGUACGGCAGUGUUGGAGGAAUGACGGGGAAGGAUCGCGGGACGGGUGCGGCCACGGAUACAUAUAUCGAGCACAGUUAUCAGUUUACAUGCACACUGGCAAAAUCUGCCGAUGAUCGUACUCGCACACACCUCCGGAAUUUCGGCAAAACGGUGAAAACCAUAGUAAAGGUUGUGGGUUCGCUAGAGGCUGCCUUCGUCACACUGCGUGGAUGUUUUUACGCAUUACUAAAUGCUAUUGAAUACGGAGCUUACGGAUGGAAUUUGCUUAGCGGAUUUCCAUUGGUGCGGUUAACCAUAGUGACAUUCCGGAUGUUUUGGCAUUAUCUGAAAGUUGUGGGACGGAAAGGGCCGCUGGUGGGAUUUUUGGCUUUAAUUUGCACUUAUGUUGGACGAGCGCUGAUACCGGUGCUUAAAAGCCUCUUACAGCCGCUUCGAAUUAAAUUUUCGAUGAACAAAACUGCGACAGUCCGGACGGCAUAUCAGGCUAGGAAUCUGCGUGAACUUUCGGUCGAAGUUGGCGAAGAAGUGGUCAUUGAAGAGCCUCAGGCAAAAUUUUUAUCUAACGAGCGGAAUAUGAUUAUGGUCAGAAAGUCUAAGGAUUCAGCUGGACGGUCAGUCCGAGGUCUCAUCCCACGGGGUGCUGUGGGACCAGAAUCUAGUCGAUAACAAGGUCUAUUGUUUAUUAUUUAUGUUACACGAGUGGCAUCGUUUACAAAUGUGAAACCCCAUAAUAUUUGAUCUUAUGCAAAUUCGUUGUCCGAUAAUUUGUGCUGCAGCUUGUGGAAGUGACGGUAGCUUGUGGAAUAUUUCUUGCACAAUUGGAAUAGGUUUGUUGAAAUCUCGUUAGUUAGUGGGCAAAUAAAACUUAAUGCGCCAUAAAA